UUUUUUUUUUUCAGUGGACUCUGUGACGCAGUGGACUCCAUGACGCAGUGGACUCCGUGACGCAGUGGACUCCGUGACGCAGUGGACUCCGUGACGCAGUGGACUCCGUGACGCAGUGGACUCCGUGACGCAGUGGACUCCGUGACGCAGUGGACUCCGUGACGCAGUGGACUCCAACACAUUAUGAUGGAUAGGGAGUCAGAUGGGCAUCCUCAGUGUCCUGACCACCAAGACGAGGCUCUGACACAGUCAGGGGAGGUCCCGGGUGGUCAUACAUCCCGCUCACAGAGUGCUAACGAUGGUCAGCUCGCUUGUUUCAAGUGUCAUGCCAGUCAAGGAAUCCAGCUGAGAGCGUCUGGACCAUCUCCAGGCGGCCCAGGAGGCAUCAGCAGGAAGCUGUGGUCGUUGAUGCAGGAGGAGAAGAUCAGCAUCAACAGACUCAUUGCAAGGUGUGAGGAGACACUGUGCCAGCUGGGAGAGUACCGGGGCCAGCUGGGAGACUGGAAGACUCACCACCUCCAACUCCAGGAUAGACUCAAUGGUCUGGUAGAGCAGAACAUGUCAGCCAUGAGGCUCCUGGACCAGGAGGACGCCAGUGUGGCGGAGAUGACCACACGAGGACAGGAAGAGAAGACGCACCUGCACGCCACAUUGGGGAGCCUCGACACACCCACAACAGAAAACGAGGCCAUCACUGCCACGAACAGAACUAAACAGUGCAAGAUGAAGGUGGAAGAUUGCAUCCAGAGGAGCCGGGAAAUUUUUCCAGAUGCCACCACUGUCCAAUUCUCAGUCAAGGUGCAGGAGACCAUCAGGAUGGCCCUGGAGAUGAUGACCACAGAGGCAGGUGUCAUUACAGCUGUUCCCGUCCACCUGGGAGACUCAGACUCCACCAUCAUGGAGAAAGUCGGAAAGAUUACUGGAGGAAUAUCUUUGAAACAGUUAACUGUUGAGGACCUCCGCAGGAUGAGGGCGCCCGUCAGGAGGCUGGUGGAGACGGGACUGGUGUUCGCCGUCCAGGAAGACCAAGAUGGCCGCCGCUCCGCCAGGAUAACAUUACAAGAUGGUCGGCUCUGCCUCCACCCACUCCUGCCUCAGCCUUCACCCACACACGCCCACACUCUCAAG